AUGGUAUCAUUGUUCAAUUAUUGUGCAUAUGCUUCUACAAAGGAACAAUUUGCUAAGGAAUUGUCAAGGUUUAAAAAAGUAGGUGGGAAGAUAGCAAUCAAAUUUUUAGCAUCACUUCCCGAUGAAAAUUGGUCAAACGCCUACUUCCCAGGUAAAAGGUAUGGUGAAAUGUGUUCAAAUAUAGCAGAGUCAUUUAACAGCUGGGUUAAAGAAGAGCGUGAGCUACUUAUUUAUGAGCUGGUCGAUGGCAUCCGCUUGAAGGUGAUGAAGAUGAACUCAGAAAGACGCCUUGAUGUUGAUACAUGGAACGGUUUCCUAUGCCUUGUGAUAAAGAAGCAAGUUGACGUUUCUGUAGAAGCUGGAAGACAUUGGGAGGUGGUACGAUCAAGCUAUAUGUGUUUGAAGUGCGGGAUAACAAUUUUAAAGAAUGAAGAUAAUCCUUAUGAUUACACCGAGGACUACUUUUCAGUUUCCGACUUCAAGGAAAGUUACAGUCAUCCUGUGCUACCUAUACCUGACAUUGAGAGGGUUGUAGACUCGGAUAACGAUCAUGGAUUGAAACCUCCUUUGACAAAGAUACCUCCCGGCAGACCAAAGAGAAAGAGGAUCCCAUCAAAUGGUGAGAACCCCAGGCCAAUCAAAUGUGGCAGAUGCGGAAGCAGCGGACGUCACAAUAGAAAAUCUUGCACUGCUAAGAUAUGA